AUGUUGAACACGCCUGAGCCCUCCAAGCCCGAAACCUCCACGCUUACCGAUUUUUGCAUCGAGUUCCAGAAGCCGGAGCCGUGCUAUGUGUGGGGUGAUUCCAUAAAAGGCAAAGUGAUCAUGAAAACGCAGCCCCAAACCCAACUCGACGUCAUCUCCGUCAAGCUACUGAUUUGCGGCUUCAACAAGCAUAAAGCGCGUCAAAAAGAACGUUAUAUCUUGAAUGGCCCGGUGACGUACUACGAUGGAAAGAAGGAAAUACCGUUUCAGGAAACACUACCCCCAGAUUUGGCCACGUCGGUGGAGACAAAGAUCGGGGCGAUUGCGUACUACUUGAAAGCUACAUUGUUAUACAAAAGUAAAGACGGCUACGACACCAACGUGCACGCCGUGCGUGGCUUUACAGUAAUCGAGGAUUGUGACCUGAAUUUAAUGCCAAAAAUUUGGUUCGAGGAGCGUAGCCAGGUGGUCCACCGGAAAUUCGGGCUGUUCUCCUGCACCGAGUGCUUUUGCUCCGGGGAAUAUGUGAAUAUCACUGGACGAAUCGAAAACAAAUCCGAUAAACGCGUCGAGAAAGUCUCGGCCAUCAUCCAGCAACGGGCUCAAAUAAAAGAUGGAGACUCGGAUAAAGGCUCAGCCGACACGGACGUUGUGGAGGUAUUCGAGGAGAGCCUGGCCCUAUUUGUCGACCCGGGCGUAGUUCUGAAGAUUGAAAAAAACAUGCCGAUCCCGGUGUUGCCGCCAAGCACGCCACCCGAUGAUAAUUUGCUAAAUCGAGCCGCAAAGCGACGUAUAUCAAUCGGACCCCUCCGCUCCAGAACCUCGCAACUCUCAUUAAAUUUAUCGCAACUCAACCCAGCCAGACCCCUCACGAUUUCCUACACGAUUGCUUUUCGUGUGAAAUGUGUAGGCGUCGACAACCUCGAAAUUUGCUGGCCCAUCGUUAUCGGCUCGAUUCCGCUGGCGGAAACCACCGAGAACAACGACCCACACCACACAACGCCCUUUUUCAAGCAGUGCAAGCAUGAUCGACCCUCUGAGGUUCUCAACGUCGCUUCGAUUAAUAAUAUCGGGAAGACAAGGAUAAGUUACAUCAACAAGUACCCCUUUUUCUCCGACCUAAAAACCUCAUCGAAACAGGGGAAGAAGAUCUCACUUUGGGCGAAUACGGUCAGAAUGGAAACGAAAUGGUUGAGCGCUGCGCGCGAGCAGCAGCGACGUGACAAUACGGAGAAAAAACGGGUAAAUUUUUCCGACGUCCCAGAGUUCGACGGCAAGAAGGGCCACGAGGAAAAGGCGGGCGGAUCUGUGGACGAUUUGUCGGGUGUGAUGCCAAAUAUGCCGUACGGAGCCGGA